UAUAGCAGGCUGUGCACAUCGACGCCCUUGCAGGCGCAGGAGUGUGAAGAAUCCAGCAGAAGGCAGGACUUUAUUGGAGCUAACCUGGUCAAGAUGGAGGAAUCUGAAAAAGGACCAGAACUAAAAUGGUUUUUCACCAUGAAUAACUCCAAUCAAGUUACAGUAAACCAAAUAUUUGAUGCUAAUCUGCCUUUUGAUAGAUCCCUACCGACCUGUUACAUGAAUGCAGAUUAUUUCUGCCAAGAAAUACCAUGUAGAGGUGGACAAGUGAACCAAGAGUGUCGGAGUCAGCCAGCUGCUGAUGCACUGCAUGUGGAGCUAAUGCAGCACAGGCAGCCAGGAGACAGAGAAGAUACUUCCGCCGCUGUGAAUCUCGAUCAUCACCCUCGUCUUGCAGAGACAUCGGAGAGAAACACAAGAGGAAAGAGUUCCUGUUGGGACGGUGGACCUGACCGGGCUGACUUGAGCAGUUCUCAUCUUCAAAGUGAUGAGGAGGAUCUUGAGCCUCCCUUGCCUCUGAUAUCUGUUGAUGAGGUGCCAAAAUACAGACCCCUUCUACCUCCUCACCAUUACCUGAAAAACUGCGACCCCCGUUGCGUUAUGGAUGCCAGGUAUUAUCACUCUGCAGGAGAUAUGCAGUACAACCCCGGUCCCCUCAACACGUACCCUCCUCAGGCACAUCGCCACUGUGCUUCCUGUCCGCCCAGGAGACACAGGGAUGACACACAUACCUGGCUCGGACGUCGUGGCAACUUUAUGAUUGACAGCAUGGCUCCGGGAAAUGUUUCAGUCAACGUGCCCCAGUAUUCCGCCCCCCCACUGGAGGGCGUGUCACAAGUCAACGUGAUGAAGCCGGAGGCGUCUUUCUCACAUCCCUACGAGAGAAGAAGACCCAUCAGUCUGCCCGAUGAGUGCCGAAACGUUUUUGUGACGUAUUCUUUGGACCUUUCAUCAGAGAUCGUCCCCUUUGGAAACUUCCUCACAAAACAGGGUUUUCGACCAGCAAUUUACAUUUUUGACGACCACAUCGGACAAGUGGAUAUCAACUGGUGGAUGGAUGGUUACUUGAAACAUCCAUCUGCCAUGAUUAUCAUCGCCAUCAGUCCAAAGUACAAGGCAGACAUCGAAGGAUCCGUAGUGGAUAGCCAUGGUUUACACACUAAAUAUAUUCACUCCAUGAUGCAGCAUGAAUUCAUCCACCAGGGCAGCUUGAAUUUUAGAUUCAUACCUCUUCUCUUCCCCAACGCCUCCCAGGAGCAUGUUCCAUGUUGGCUUCAGAACACGCGUGUUUACCGCUGGCCGCAGGACUCUGAGGAUUUGUUACUGCGGCUGCUCAACGAGGAGAGAUUCAUUCCUCCUCCUGUCCCCCUGGAGCUCACCCUCAGCAUCCGACCUUUGACCCCCAGUGCCACAGCCCAGUGUUGGGAAAGUUCACUUUCUACAUGAACUAGUUCAUGUGAAUAUUUGAACUAAGUUCACCGUUCCAACUAGUUCAGUUCUUUUUUCCCAUAUGUUGCUGCAAGCUAUUAUUUUUCAAAAUUAUUGCCAAAGCCCAGAACCACAGACAGCAAUUAUUGUAUCAGUUUUAACACUGAAGCUAUGAAUCAGAUUUAAUCUUCAUAUCCAAUUUUGAAUCCUUAUCCAACCAGGGUUUACAUUAGCAUUGAGGGGACAGCAUUUCCCUUUUGUUGCUUUAAUGUUGCUGUCCAUUCACUCCACACUAGCAGCAGCUGCAGCGUUCAUCCCUACAGUACAUUCUCAAACACAUGCUGCUUGAAUGGUCUUUUUUAAAUAAGGAAUAAAAACACGACAGUUAUCAUUAAGGUGCAAAUGUUUGCAAAGAAAGGUCAGAUUCCCCCCAUCCUCACCGACCUUGUCAGUAACUUCAUAAAACUCAUUUCAAUUAUUAUACGCCGCCUCUUUUCUACUCGCAGCUGUCGCCUCCAUGCAUUUCUUUUUUUUUGAUGACGCACAGUGCGACACUGGAGGCUGGUGUUGCUAGAUUGGGUGUUUUUUCCGCUACUUUUUAAGGCGCGUUUACGGUGUGUUUUCUAUAGAAAUCUGGCACCCUAUUGAACGAUGUUAACCUGAAAGACAGGCACCAGAAUGAACGAGUUCACAGUGACGUUCAUCGGGCGUUAAUACAGUACGUUAAGUUCAUGUUCGCCCAAAAUAUGAACGAGUUCAUGAACUAUCGUUCAAUGAACGCGUUCAGGCACAACACUGGCCACAGCUACACUGUAAAGACACACUUGCCCUGUUUUGAUGAGUUUUUUAUGUUGUGUAUUGUGCAACUUGCGUAUUAAACUUUUGCUAUGGACAAGGUUUUGAACUAGGAUACCGCAAGACCAUUUUCAAUGGAAACAAAAUCAAAUAAUUUCAAUCAAUAGUAAUUUUAAAUGGAAUGUUUUAUUUUAAAGUUUUGCAUUGUCUGUCAACAAAAUUGCACAAAAAUACAUAUUUAGUAAAGGAAU